GUAAAAGUGAUGAAGAAAUGACCAAACUUGGUAACUUUGUCAUCCAGUAUGAAGGGUUUUCUAAUGAACCUCAGUCACAUUCUGUGGCCUGCUGUGGAGAAUGGAAAGGACAAAUGUUAACCGUAGUGAAAACUGCUGACAUGUUUGGUUUGUCAGAGGAGAAGAUGAAGAGAGAAGUGAGGAGAUGUGUGCAACUUUGUUCUCCUGGACCAAAUAUGUUGCUGCUGUCAGUCAACCCUUCAGACUUCACUGAAGAGAACAGGAAGACACUGAGGUUCGUUCUCAGGUUCUUUGGUCAAGAUGCCUUCAGCUAUUCAGUGGCCAUCAUAACACGAAAAGAAAUGAGUUCCACUGUUAGUAAAGUCCUUAAAGACUGUGGAGGAAAAUACUUCAUGUUUGAACAAGACCAUGGACUGUUGAUGAAGAAAAUGGAAAAUACUGUGCAGCAGAAUCAAACAAACUUUCUCACCUUCACUGAAGAGAGCAAAAGUUUACAUCAAUCCACUAAACAAUCAACAAGUGAAGACACUGAACCCCCCACGUCUGAUGGACACACCAGACCUCCUUUAAACCUGGUUCUGUGUGGGAGAAGAGGAGUAGGGAAGACUUCAGCAGCCACGGCCAUUUUAGAUCAGACAGAGCUCAGUUCAGUCUCCAACACCUCAGAAUGCUUUACGAACCAGGGAGAGGUGUGUGGACGUUGGGUUACUCUGGUGGAGCUGCCUGCCUUGUAUGGAAAACCUCAGCAGGAAGUGGUAAAGGAAUCAAUGAGGUCCAUCUCCCUCUGUGAUCCUGAGGGUGUCCACGCCUUCAUCCUGGUUCUACCUGAGGGUCCCCUCACUGAUGAAGACAAGCGAGAGUUACAGACCAUCCAGGACACAUUCAGUUCUCGAGUCAAUGACUUUAUCAUAACUCUGUUAACUGUGGAGUCUGAUCCAGAACAUCCAGAUGUUGUCAUGUAUCUAAAAGAAAACAAGGACAUCCAGCAGUUCUGUCAGAGCUGUGGAGGAAGAUAUGUUGUUUUCAACAGCAGGUGGCAGGUCCCACAACUGUUAGAGCUUGUGGAAAAAAGUAUUUCUGACAGACAGAAUUGUUGCUGUUAUACAAACCAAACACUGGCAUGUGGCCAAAUGGAAGACAAAUCUCAGCUACAGGUUGAACUGGAGGAGCUCAAAAUAAAGAAGACUACCUCAGAAAAUCUUGAUCAGCUGAGCCAGUGUCUCAGGAUUGUUCUGAUUGGAAAGACUGGCAGUGGAAAGAGCACAUCAGGAAACACCAUUCUGGGAAAAAAGGUCUUUAAAGCUACAUCAAGUCAAUUAUCGUCCACAACAAGUUGCCAAAAAGAAAGAGGUGAAUUGGACGGUCGUUCUGUUGUUGUGGUCGACACUCCUGGUCUGUUUGACAACAGGCUGCCCAGAAACCGAACUAAUGAAGAGUUGGUGAAAUGCACCAGUCUUCUGGCUCCAGGACCACACGUCUUCCUGCUGGUGAUACCCAUCGGCAGAUUAACAGAGGAGGAGCAGGAAACAUUAAACCUCAUCAAGAGGAUUUUUGGGGAAGAUUCUGAAAAGUUCACCAUCAUUCUUUUCACAAGAGGAGAUACUCUGGAACACGAGGACAAGUCCAUUGAAGAUUAUAUUGAAAAUGAUAGCCAUGCAUUAUUCAAGAAGCUCAUUGAUAACUGUGGAGGAAGAUACCAUGUGUUCAAUAAUUAUAAUAAACAGAACAAAACACAAGUCAGUGAGCUGAUAGGAAAAAUAGAUUCAAUGGUGAAGAAGAAUGGAAACAGCUUCUACACCAAUGAGAUGCUGCAGGAGGCUGAAGAGGCAAUACAGAAAAAAUUGGAGAGAAUCUUGAAGGAACGAGAAGAAGAGAUGAGAGAAAGGAUGAAAGAACUUGAGGAAAAACACAAUGAGGAAAUAAAAGUCAUGCAGACAAGAAUAGAACAACAAAGAACAGAAAAUGAAAAGGAGAGAAAAUUGAAAGCAGAAGAACUGAAACAAAAAGAGGAAAACAUAAACGAAGAACGAGAACGGAGACGCAAAGAGCAAAACGCCAGAGCAGAAGAGGAAAGGAGAAAGAAAAUGGAGGAAGAGGACCAACAAGAGAAGUGGAAACAAGAAAAAGAAGCUCUGGAGGAAAAAAUCAAGUCUGAAUCAAAGGAAAAGGAGAUCAUUGAUAAAAACCUGGAGCAGGUCAGAAAAGAAAUGGAGGAAAAACAACAAGCUUUUGAAAAAGAAAGACAAGAGUGGUGGGAAAAACGGAACCAAGAGGACGUAGAGAAGGAAAAAGAGUCUUCAAAAUUUAAACAGCUUCAGGGGGAAUACCAGCAAGAAAAAGAAAAAUAUGAAAACCAAAUAAAAGAAGAUCAAAAGAGAAAAGAACAAGAUGAGACGGCAAGAAAAGAAUUAGAGGAAUGUUAUAAGAGAAAAAUGAAGGAGAUGAAGAAGAUUCAUGAGGACGAAGCAAGAAAACAAGCUGAAGAAUUUAAUGAGUUUAAAGAAAAAUACAAAGACCUUGAAGCUCAAAUAGAAAAACAUAAAAAAGACAUACAAGAUGUGAAAGACAAAUAUUGCCGCUGUUAUAUUUGUGCCUUCAUUACAUAUUUUAAAGGGGACACGCCAACUGAGGUGGAAAAAGGACUGAAGAAAGACUGAUGAUGAACUGAAAGAAAUAAAGACCCAAUCAGUCAAAAUCACCAGUGUUACAAUCCAUUAACACAAGUUUUCUAUUUGGUGUUAAUUUUCAACACUAUCAACUUUUUAUUCUUUAACUGUAACCAACAAUAUAAUAAUAAUAAUUAUUAUUAUUUUACAUUCCACCUCACCUGAGAUGAAAGUAUUUGGGGUCACAGUUCUUUUCAAACCACCACAAAAUCACAACUAAACCCACAGUGAGACCUUGAGACCAGGUAAAAAAGCAGCAAACUCCUUCAACAUGGGUGACAUUUUGAGGAGAAAAUAAAAUCUUGAUGACAGUAAAGUGAUGAUAAACGUGUCAUUGGACAAGUUCCUCAGAAGAAUCCAUUCAUUGGCUUCUGUUAAUCUGUGGUCGACUACAGGAGGUCCACUCCAGACUUCCCUCACUCCAGUAACUCUCUCUGACUGGAAUUUGACUGAUUUCUGUUAGUCUGUCAGGCCUGUUCCUCAAAGGAAUCGUUCUGAUACU